AUGGAGGGCACGGUUCUUUUUAGACAAUUUGCAAACCUUAUUGAGAAUAGCCCAGCAUUCAGGAUCAACGGCGCCAGUAUCGCCGAGAGUUUACAUGAAUUUAGUCAAAAGAUAUUCGAGGCCGGGACGGCUUUUGAGGAUAUGUAUAGAGAGGGCGACAUGAUGUUUUGGGUAUUGGAAUCCCGAAUCAAGCUGAUUCUGGAUAAGUUAAACCCGGGUUUACUUGGUCAAAUAUUUUUAGGUGACUAUGCAUCAUAUGUCAGCGAGAGACUUGACGAAAUAAAGACACAGAUUUGUUCUUUCGAAGAGAUAUUAAAAACAACAAUGGAUUCCAUAAAAGAUGCAGAGAAGCGAAGAAGAUUCGCGGAAAAAAUUUUAAUAAAGGGAAAAAGGGAAGCAGCAAGUUUUAUUGGUUCAUCGUGGAAAUUCAUGCUUAUGGGGAUUUUGCCAUUUCUUGAAUCUAAUUCCAAGAGCAGCCCCGAUUAUGAGGAAGCCACGAAACUCUUGGGACAAUCCGAGGAAAUAUUGAACAUGUUGAAUCGGACGGCCAACGGCUUGCAUGAAAUAAAUCGAUUAUUGUCAAGCUAUAGAUCUAGUUUAAUGAAUGUCAAGGCCGUAGUGAAAGACAAAACCUCGAUUAACAAGGAAGGAGUUGAGAAGCUUGAAAGGCUCUUGUGUUAUGUAAAAAAAUAUCAUGCAGGAUUUAUUAAGAAAAGCGAACAAAUGACCAUAGAUAAUACUUUUUAUUAG